CUCAUCUGCAGAAUAGUCUCUCUGAAGGAUUGCAAAUCAGUCGGACCUCCCGGAAAGAACCGGAGCCGCGAGAGGGACCCCAUUUUGACGUCGGAAACUUGGGAUCUCAGUAAUGUGAUGAGAAUACAAUACCAAGACGACCGGAAAACUCCAUCGGAAGAAGAGCUUAUGCCUUGGUACGCCGAGAGGUCCGCCCAUGAAUUCAUGAUGUUAAAAUCUAGCGAUGGGCCCGUGAUGCAAACGCCCGCGGACGGAGAACUGGACUUGACGGGUGUCACGCUCGGGGGUUUCCCCGCCGGACCCAAUUCCGUCAAGCACCGCUGCCCCAUUUGCGAGGAAUGCUUCCCCUUCGGCCGGAGCCUGGCCCAGCACAUGCGCACACACUCCCGUGACAAGCCGCACAAGUGCCCCUUCUGCGACUACAGGACAUCUCAGAAAGGGAACCUCAAGAUGCACGUGCGGAAGCACAAGCUGGCGAGCUUUCAGGCCGAGAGAGGGACGGGAAAAGUUGCGGCGGAUCCCGCUCCGUCGGCCGAGGCCGGGGCAAGCCGGGCCGCCGUGGUCGGGGCGAAUGGCAUUGCCGCGACACCGGAGGGCAUGGAGGGUGAAGGCUUUGCGCGGGAUGAAGGCCACGGGCUUCUGCCCUGUAUGUUUUGUCACCAAAGCUUCCGCCACCCGGGGGAACUGCAUCACCACGUGGUGAUUCGACACCGGCCCACGCUGUGCGAGCCGGCGGUGCUCCGGGUCGAGGAGGGGCUCCUGAGUCCCAACGAGGACAGCGUGGCCAUGAGCUCGCCCGAGGAGCAGGAGGAGAAUGGCGAGGACGAGGACGGCGAGCUCAGCUGCAAAGUCUGCGGUCAGGCCUGCGAGAGCGCCCGCCUGGAGACGCACCUGCGCAAGCACAAGGAUUCCUUCACGUACAGCUGCGUCGCGUGUGGCCGGCGCUUCAAGGAGCCCUGGUUCCUGAAGAACCACAUGCGGACGCACUCGAGCAAAGCCAGAAACAAGUCGCAGCAGGACUCUGAAGGCCCGACCACCAUCAACGACGUGGUGCUGGAGCAGACUCCCGGAGCCGUGGCCUCGCCGUACAAAAUGUGCAUGGUCUGUGGCUUUCUCUUCCCCACCAAGGAGAGCCUGAAGGAACACGUCAAGGUUCACACCAAGGAGGCGGCGGAAGACGAGGAGAAGGUGGAGGACGGCUCCUCGCACGGAGACGAGACGAUGUCACAGGGGGCUUUCCUGCAGAUACUGAACUUGAACCGCCUCUCGUCACAAACCGACAGCAGACCCGCGAAGCUGGGCAAGUGGAUCGCCGAACUGGACCCGUUUAACACGUACCAAGCCUGGCAGCUGGCCACCAAAGGCAAAGUGGCAGUCGGCCGAGAGACCGUGAAGGAUCCGGGGCAUGUGGCAAACUCCGAGAACGAAGAGGAGUCUUCCGACAAGGAGGACCACCCCGGUGACCACUGGGUCCUGGAGAAAAGCAGCCAUGUCGCCGAGAACCUCGAGAAACCCAAGUCCAUGAAAAGCAACAGUUUGGGCGGAGUCGUGGUGAACGGACAGUCUGCCUGUGCCGCCGAUGUGGACGUCGACCAGAAACUGUCCCAGAGUAAACUAAAGCCGACAAACUGCGCCACGUGCGGGAGAAUAUUCCGAACCUACCACCAGUUAGUGCUGCACUCCCGGGUCCAUAGGAAAGGCAGGAAGAGUGUCGAGAAUCCUCUGACUUCGGUUGAGGGCGGCACAGGAUUUAACGGUGAAUCUCAACCCUCGGACUCUGUUACUACAACUGAAGAGCGGAGUCCAGGAGCUGACAAACCCGAGGAGGGUUCUGAAGAAGGCUCAGAAGAUGGAGUAUUGGGAGAAGGGCUUUGUUCCGAUCGAACUGAGGAAGGCUCGGAACGAGCGAGAAGCAAAGACUCCGGUACGAGUGGGGAGUGCAGUUACUGUGGGAAGACUUUCCGUUCAAACUAUUACCUCAACAUUCAUCUCAGGAUACAUACAGGUGAGAAACCGCACCGAUGUCCCCUCUGCAACUACGCCGCAGCCCAGAAGACGUCUCUUAAGUAUCACUUGGAGCGACACCACAAGCCUGAACAGAAAAAGGCUCCGGAGGAAAAGAGCGACUCUCUCAGUAAGAACCCAUCGACGUCCCCACCUUUAGACCCGGGCCCGACGGGAAGCGACGAGUCUGCGGAUUCGAAGAGGUUGUUCGCCGAUUCUUUGAGCGCCGUCAAAGACUUCGAUACGGACGCUGAGCCUCUGAGGAAACACAAGCGCGUGCUGCACCCUUCCCGGCAGGUUCUUUCCAACUCUGUGCUUCCCGGCGCUGGUGGAGAAUUCCCAGACCUCAGCGGGAACGCUGGUUUUCACAACUCUCACCAGGUCUUCUACAACCCGUUGAUGCCGUUCACCGAGAGGUCGCGGGUCGAAAAGGUGGUAGCUGAGCUGCGGAGGAAUAACUCUGACCUUAAGGCAGGUGUUGGCCCAGGGGAUAUCAAGGCCUUGGAGGACUCUUUGCUGAAUGAUGGUAUGCAACAGAACCAUGCCAAAGGGGUAAAGAUGGAACCAAUGUCACUCAAUAACAAGUACAGUCUUAGUUUUGGAGGAGCUAUGGAGGACUACUGUGAUCAAUCUCAAUCCAAUUUAUUUGAAAAUCCAUUGAAUCUCUGCACAAAACCCUUUUUGCAAAGCUUGUGUAGCCUUCAGGGAAAUGCAUCUACCUCAGUUUCCAAGAGUGCCUUACCGAGCAGCACAUGCCCGUUUUGUACCUACAGAACAUUUUACCCUGAGGUCCUGGUCAUGCACCAAAGGUUGGUACACAAGUAUAAUUCUGACCCCAGCCCGUUAAAUGGCAUCCGAGGUGCUGCUCUGAGUGGGCUGGUUAAAGGCAGACGCACUGGAUGCCCUCCUGCACUAUUGGGUAAAGACGUUCCUUCCUUUCCUGCAACCAAAGAAAUGAACCCCAGGCUCUCCCGUCGGACCAAGUCACCACUACCAGCUGCCCCACUGCAUACCUCGAGUUUAAUGCUUGGGAAAGUGAAACCAUCAUCACACCAGUCCCAGUGCAAUAACCUUCAUUCUGCCUCAGGACCCAGAUCUUCAGGUGAAUUUAAACCAUUCAAGCCAUCCCCAAAUCCUAAUGUCAAUCUAGAAAACUAUGGACCUAUGUACACCGAGUUCAGACCAGGGCUGGACAUGGUUCAAAUGCUGGAAAGAGGUGGUCCUUCAGAAAGCGGUAAUGGUAAACGAAAUAUGCCUGAGAAGUCUCGCAUUAAGUUGGACAGUGAAUCUGACCGGCCUGGAGGAGGACCCAUAUUCAGAUACGAUAGUCCAUGGGCUUCGCCAAACGCAGGCAAAGUAUGUCUUACUAACACGUUUGAGAAUCAGGGAGCGUUGGACUCGCAUGAGCCAACAGCAAAAAGAAUGAAAGCAAACAACAAUCCCUUAAAAAACGAUCAAAUUCUGUUCGGGUCGAGGAGGAAUGUCCAAGGAAGAAAUGUCAAACUUUUAUCUCAGGAGAUGUCCCCUGUUCAGGCAAAAAACUCAGGGGUGUCGUCUAAGCAAGGACCAUUCUUUGAUUCGAAUGGAGUUGAUGGACAUUGGAAUGUAUUGAAUGUUUUGAAGUCCUACAGCCCGCAAAAUUUGGCUUCGCUGUACAGUACCUGUGGGCCCAGCAACUAUAGAGACCCUAAUAUGGGUCAGGAAGGGAAAAGACCUUUCCAGUAUCUGCAGCACUCGAACAGUAUGUUGCAAAAACGGAGCAUUAAUCACUCACACAGUGGGUCUUUAGACAAAGAGUACAUAAGUCAAUGAGACAAACACGUCCAUGAAAGAAGAUCGGUUGGAAGCUGUGAAUGGGAGACUCCUUUUCUGGCAUGGAAGUGUUCUCGCCACCUUAUCCAUUGGGGAGGAAAUCUUGACCACGCCUGCAGUACAAGAUCCACCUCAAAUAAGCUGUGAUUUGUACAUGUACAGAACACUACAAUUCCAUUUUGUUUGAUGACAUUAUUUUUUUUGUUCGGUUCAAACCAGCGAGUGAGCGAGCGAUGUAUGUGUGUACCCAAAUCGCCUUGUAUUCCAUUUUGAUUCUGAACUUGAAUUGUACUGGUUUUAGUUAAAUUUGCCCAAGCAUUUCUGUAUUUGCAAUAACUACACCGAUAGCUUGGCACUAAUAUCUCACAUUGGGUCCAUUGUGUUUUUCUUUUUAGAAUUCUAGGAUUUGUGUUAAUUAUUCUUUUGAAUCGGAAACGAGAUUUUUGUUUUUUCGGUACCCGAAGUUUUGAGAUUUCUGGGAAGUUGCUUAACUCUUAUUGGACUCUUUUUCUUUACGUCGGGAAAUAAAGAGCAAUAAAUAAAUAAAUAAAACAUAAAUCAAACUUGUAUGAACUGUGGUAACGCUUCUGCCAUCACCAGUCUUCCAAUAGUCUCUUUGUAUUCAGUGUGGUCUUGGGUAUCUCAGGUGUAGUAAGCAAUACAGUAUAUUGCAGCUGAUUCAGUUGACUGGAUUUGCUUGAAUGGUUAAAUGCACCCUCAAUUAUCUUUCUCGCCUUUAUUUCCCCUGCCUCCUUCCCCAUCCCAUUCGUGCCCUGAGCAUGAUGGAAGGGUUCGUUUUGCAUAUAACCUGUAUGCAAAAUUUUCAAAAUUGCACAGCACAUUGUGAUAUUAAUGAAAAUACAUUGUAUGGGCGCAGUUCAUGUAAAUCUUUCAAUAUGCUGCAUUUAUCAAAGGAUGUCGUUUUAUCGAGGUGGGAUUCCCAUCAACAUUAUUACAUAACUCCUCUGUGUGACUGAACUACAUUAUAAAUGUGUAUGAAAUAUGUAGAAAUGCUUACUAUAGCUGUGCUUUAAUCUGUCACAUGGGCCAAAAUUCAGUGCCUGGAUGGUACAUGUUUAGUUUUUUUUAAAAAAAUACGAAACAUUGGUUCUGCACAUGGAGUGAAAAUGACUGUCAAACUGAACGCUUAUUGAAGACUAUUUGUUCACUGAAUUGGUCUUCAAAUGCCUUCAUAUUUCAAAUGUGCGUAUUAUAAAAACAUUAAUUUAGAUUUUAUUAAAAUUUGGGGAUGACAAUAUUGCACACUUGCAUAUAGUAAACCCUCCUAACAUCCAAGAGGUGGCAGAGGAUUGAACUCUACUGAAAUGAUCAAAGUUCAGCUGGGACCAGGAAAAUCUUUCUUGGAAUGGGAAGCUUCACAAAGUCACUUGCGGAUUGAUUUGAAACCCAAGCCUAUAUGUUGUACUAUUUUUAAAUGCACUAAACUUUUUUUUGG